AUGACUCUUGUGACCAACGACGUGGGAGAACGAGAUUGUCCACUUUGUCAUGGCCCUCAUUGGCUGCCACAGUGCUCAAACCUCUGGAAGUUAACAAAGAUGGAAAAAAAGGAACACAUCAAAGAGUUGGGCUAUUGCUUCUUGUGCCUAAGGGGCCUGCACCAAGCUAGCAACUGUAUGUCUGGCUUCCGCCCAUGCGACAUCGAAGGGUGUGGUAAGGCACAUUCAAGAUGGCUCCACCUGCCACAGGAAGGGGCAGGUGUGCCGCCAUGGAAGGCAAGUGGGAGCAGCCGCCAGAUCAUAAAAUCGAAUAGGGUAGAUGCUGACGUAAAGGAAGGCCGAGGAUUCAAGAGAGAGCGCCAGGACUGUGACUUCGAAGAUAGAGAACAGAGUGGUGGAACCGGAGGAAGAAAGAAUAGAAAGAGAGAGCCCCAAGAAGAUGACUGUAAGAGCGCGAGAUCAAUGACUAAGCCAAGACAAGGUCGCGCUCCCACUACUAGAAGUUCAAGUAAUGGGAAAGGGGUUAACAGGAUCAGAGAGAACCAUGGCGCUACUGGACACAGGCAGCGACAGGUCUUACUGUGCCAAAGGACUGGUCAAAAGACUAAGAAUACGAGGGAAACCAACAUCACUCUUCAUAAACACGUUAACCCAAGGGGAACAAUACGAGUGGCAGAGUUACUGAUUGGACAAGAUUGCCCAGAUGCUCAGAUUCCCCUCGAGUGUCGGACGGGGCCAGAUAAAGCACCUUUUGCAAUAAGGACAAGAUUGGGUUGGACAAUUAAUGGGCCCCUGAUGGGCAAUUUAACUCACAGGUUUACAACGGAAUGUUCCAUGCUGACUGCCUCUACAGAAAAAACUCUUUUGGAAGAGCAGGUUAGGUGCUUCUGGGAAAUCGAAGCAUUACACCAGACCCCGGGAGAUGGCUCCCCAUCAUCGGUAGAGGAUAAACGGGUCAUCAAACUUUGGUCGUCGAUUGGACAGAGAGUACAGGGACACUACCAAUUCCCAAUUCCAUUCCGACGUCAACCGCCCUGUCUACCUGACUACAGAGCGCUCGCCGAGCGUCGCUUACUGGGACUAAAGAAACGCCUAUCAAGGGACACAAGAUUGAGACUACGGUACAAGGAGGAGAUGGAAAAGUUAUUCAACGAAGGUUUCGCCGAAAGGGUGCCACUAAGGCAAUUAUCGAAGUCUGGUGGAAGUAGCUGGUACCUGCCUCAUCACCCAGUACUAAACCCCAAUAAACCAGACAAGGUACAGAUCGUCUUCGAUUGUGCAGCAGCCUUCACGAAGACUUCACUCAACAACCAAGUGCUCCAAGGACCAGACCUCAACAACAAAUUGAUUGGAGUACUCAAACGGUUUAGACAAGAGCCGAUCGCCCUGAUGGCCGACAUCGAAGCAAUGUUCCAUCAAGUGAAGGUAAACCCCGAGCACAGAGACACUUUACGAUUCCUCUGUUGGGAAGCUUGA